CUAAACAUUAUUUGGAUAAUUGGUAAAAAUAAAAAAGUUAAAUAUAUAGGUAACAUCUUUGUGGUCAGUCUUUCUGUCGCAGACCUGGUGGUGGCGCUGUACCCCUACCCCUUGGCUUUGGUCGCUGUCUUCCAUAAUGGCUGGACAAUGGGCUCCCUGCACUGCCAGCUGAGUGGGUUUGUUAUGGGACUGAGUGUGAUCGGCUCGGUUUUCAACAUCACGGCAAUCGCCAUCAACCGCUACUGCUACAUCUGCCACAGUCUCCGCUACGACCGUCUGUAUUCUCGUCGAAACACCUGUCUGUACCUGCUCCUCACCUGGAUGCUAACCGCUCUGGCCAUCGUGCCCAACUUCCUUGUUGGUUCCCUAAAAUACGACCCACGUGUCUUCUCCUGCACAUUCACCCAGACAGCAAGCUCUUCUUACACCAUCUGUGUUGUUCUGAUCCACUUCCUCGUUCCUCUGGGCGUGGUUUCUUUCUGCUACCUGCGCAUAUGGACGUUGGUGAUUAGGGUCAAAGGUCGUGUCCGCCCCAAUCCGAAAAGAGUGGCCGACCUGAGGAAUUUCUUGACGAUGUUUGUGGUGUUUGUGCUGUUCGCCGUGUGCUGGGCGCCCCUGAACUUCAUUGGGCUCGCCGUGGCAGUUAACCCAGCAACAGUAGCACCGAAUGUCCCAGAGUGGCUGUUUGUUACCAGCUACUUCAUGGCGUAUUUCAACAGCUGUCUGAAUGCUGUUGUCUACGGGUUGCUCAACCAGAACUUCAGGCAAGAGUACAAACAGAUUCUCCGUGCUCUCUGCACCCCAAGAGCGCUGUUCACUGAAAGUUCCAGGUACAACACUGAAGCCAUAAAGAGUAAACAUUCGCCGGCGGGAACCAAUAACAAUCAAAUAAAAGUCAAUUCUGCACUACACUGA